UACUAGGCAGGUGAGCCUCUACAAAAUAACAACAUAAAUAUUUUUAUUGAUAAUUUUAUAUUGAAAAGAAAUACAUUUGCUGCAACGCCAUGUCCGCGACCCAGCGACAAAAGCAAUUCGAUCUAAACCGACCCCGUGCGAAUGCACCUGCCACGACCAACCCUGCGGCUACCAACGCCACCAUCAGCACCAACAAAAACAACAACAGCGAGUCUGGGAAUCCGAAAAAUGUGGUUUCCCCGCGUCAACGUAAACUUCAAACGUCAAUGGAACGGCUGCAGGUGCAACAACCAAAUGUGAGCAGGCGAGCUGCCGGUUCCAACUGGAUGGCUUCGACGGCUGGAGGAGGACCUGCAGCGGGAUCUGCUCUUGGUAGUGAGAACACAAUGAAGGAGCAGGAAGGAUCCACACCACUAUCCAAAUCCGCGCGCACGCGCAAUAAAAAGAAGGCUCAGCGCAACAGGUACUUGGCCAUGGACUGUGAAAUGGUCGGUGUGGGACACAACGGCCAGGACGACAUGCUGGCCCGCGUGUCAAUCGUGAAUCGGGUGGGCGAGGUGCUGCUGGACAAGCACGUAAAGCCCCGCCAGGAGGUGACCGACUACCGCACCAGCGUUUCUGGCAUCCGGCCACAGGACAUUGCUAACGGCGAGGACUUUGCCGUCGUACAGAACGAGGUGGUGAAGCUGCUCCAUGGAAAGAUUCUCGUCGGACAUGCCCUUCGCAACGACAUUGCCGUCCUGAACAUUCGGCACCCGUUUGAACAUAUCCGCGACACCUCACGCUACAAGCCCCUCUGCAAGCUUGUCUCCAACGGGCACACGCCCAGCCUCAAACGCCUCACCAUGGCCGUUCUCGGCCAGGAGAUCCAAACCGGAGAGCACAAUUCUGUGGAGGAUGCGCGUGCGGCCAUGGGUAUAUACAAUCGAAUAGCCGCCGACUGGGAGAAGUAUCUGGAGAAGAAGCACCAUCAACAGCAGCACUUCUGAUCCGAGGAUCCCUCCUCACACAACUCAGGGGAGCAUCGUAGACUUAAGGAUAUACACACUAGUUUCGUAUUUUUUUGGAAACUGUUGUUUAAUUAUAUGAAACGUUACAACCUCAGCGGUACUGUUGUAAGGUUUAAUUUCCUAA